AUGACCGGACAAAAGUUSGGGAGAUGCAUCAUCCUUUGCCUGCUGCCCUGGAGCUGCCUGAGCUUUGSCUGGAGUGAUGCUGCUGAGCCCGGGACCGCCUCACUCAGUGCAGGACACGUCAGAAAGGGGCUGCCCAGAGACGUUGCCAACGGGACCGAUGUGCAGAGCAACAUCUCAGUGCCAUGUGCGGCUCUCCCUCCGCCACGCUACGGAUACUACUACGUGGACAGAGGCUCAGGCGUUUCCKUGGGCUCGGUGCUCGUGUUCUGGUGCCAGGAGGGGUACCAGCUGGUGGGCAGCGAGAGGCUCGCYUGUCUCCGCCAGGAGAGCACUUCGUCCUGGAGCCACCCCCCACCCCACUGCCAGGCCGCCCCGCAGCCCUCGGGCACCGGGUCCCGCGUUGCGGUGGCCGCCUCGCUGCUGAGCGGAGCCGUCAUCCUGGCACUGUCCGUCUCCUUCGCCGUGUGCUGCUGGCGGGACAGAGCGAGGAAGAGCCGCGGAGGGCAGCAGCACAGAAGGAAAGGCCUCAGAGGAGGACGCAAACGUGACCCCUCCACCCCCGAGAGAGGCAGGAAUGCUUUUGGAAGACUGAAACACUACCACCGGCGUGAUUACCACCUCUCUGCCCUCUCCAGCUCUGUGUUCCCAGGGGCAUUCGCAGGCUGCAAUAACCUGGCUUUCCAAAGUAGCCCUGACCACCAGGCCAAGCUGCCCUUGGGACGAUGGCACCCCGAUGCUCAGGGCCUGCCCCAGCUGGUGCUGCCGCCCGGGCCGGGCCCUGCCAGCGGCCUGCCCCGCCAUGUCCUGCUGCCGGCCCACCUGCACCGCGACCUGCUGCCCCUCUACUACCGCAGCGUGGAGGAACACAAGGUCUUCGACAACUUUGGGAAGCCGGUUUGAAAAUUUAAA